GGCGCGGCGGGGCUGGGGGACCGGCGUGACGCCCCUCCGGGCGGCGCUCCGGCCUGACAGCUGGGUUUCCGCCUCUCUGCGGUAGAGAAAAAUCCGAUUAUGAGCGUGCAGAAAUGUCUCCCUUCGAAAAUAAAGGACUAAUACUGGGAAUAAUGGCAGGGACUGCUGGAUUAAGCCUGGUACUGAUUUGGUACCACAAGAUCCGAAAGUCUGGCGCAGCUGUGCGUAUACGUGCGUUCCAGGAUAUAGGUAACAGAAUUAAUUCUGUGGUCUUGCAAAACGAGGCUCCUAAUGAGCAAGGAGCAGUAAUGGUUUUACAUGGAAGGCAACUGCAGAUACUAGAAAAAUUGAACGGCCUGCUACUAAGCGUAGAUGAACUGAAGAGAGAGGUGGAAUUUCUGAAAGAAGCUAUUCCAAAACUUGAAGAGCUUGUUCGAAAUGAGCUUCAAGGAAAAGGUGAUGUUCAGAGAGUUAGUCCAUCACACAGAGCAACAAGGCGGAGGAAAGCAGAGACAGCUUCUGGUGCAAGAGAAACUACCAGCUCUGAGGAGGCAGAAAGUGAAGGAGGUUACCUUACCGCUCAUACUGAUUCUGAAGCAGACUCCGAGGAAGAAAAGAGAUGUAUGAAAUCACUUGAUGCCGUGGUGAAAUCAGAAGAAGAUGAAGACUUAUUUAACUUUUUACAGCAGGUGGACAAUUUGCACAAGGGUUCAGAGGAUGAUAAAAAGGAGGGCUUCAGACUGCUGCUUGAGAAAGAUGACAAGUAUGAAAACUGUGUGGACUUUCUUUGGAGGCUUGCACGUGCUUAUGGAGAUCUGUUUGAGAUGACUACUGAUGCUGAGGAGAAAAGGAAAUAUGUAACUGAUGGAAAGAUUAAAGCUGAAAAGGCUGUUCAACUGGAUGCUGGGAGUGCUGAGAGUCACCAGUGGUUUGCAAUUAUGUGUGGCUAUAUGUCUCAGUUUGAAAGUGUACAAAACAAAAUCAGGAAUGGUUAUCUCUUUAAGGAGCACCUAGACAAAGCAAUUGAACUUAAACCUCAAGAUCCCUUUUUGUAUUACCUAAAUGGAAGAUGGUGCUAUUCAGUAGCUCAGUUGUCUUGGAUUGAAAAGAAAGUAGCUGCUGCUCUCUUUGGGACUCCACCAACUUCAACAGUAGAAGAAGCAUUGCAGAAUUUCCUUAAGGCAGAAGAAAUGCAUCCAGGAUAUUCCAAAUGCAAUUAUGUGUAUUUGGCAAAGUGCUAUAAAGAUCUUGGCCAGAAAAACAAUGCACUGAAGUACUGUGAUUCUGCACUGUCAAUUCUCUCAGUUACUAAUGAGGAUAAAGAGGCCCAGAAAGACUUAGAGGCUUUACUUCUUACACUGAAGCCCUGAUACUACGUACUUUUAACUCUUCAUGCUGUAAUAAAAUUGCAAAACUAAAAUGAGAAUCUACAGUGACUGGAAACUGCGGGUGAAUUUCAGCUAAAUCAGUCAUUGAUUUUGGUUGGAUUGGAUCAUGGCCUUUAAGUGUAUGGUGAUUAUGAUAUUAAAAUAAUACAUUCAUUUUUGAUUAUUUACAAUCUUGUACUGAAGUUUAAUUUUAGAUUUCUGACACUGUGAGUCUGAUUCUCAUGAACAUGAAGUCCACUGCUGGCAAUGGACCUACUGUGGGUUAGAAUGCAAAAGGAAUAAAUCUCACUCUUCAAAAGAUUAAUCAACUAGUACAUGAUGCCAGCAUAGAACUGUGUGUAGCAUAAACAAACAAAAAAUGUUUCCAUAGUAAAUUAUAUUUAUAUCAACUAAUUUACACAGAUGUGUACAGAAGAAAAUCAUGAAUAUUUAUGUUUACACAUUUCUCUACUCUUAAAAAAGUUACAGUCUUGUUGAAGUUAAACAAAGCUGUUGCCGCAACAAAGCUCUUUUUACUUAAAACAUAUUGUUGGUUUUACAAAGAAAUGUGAAAAUUUUAUAAAUUAAAUAUUAUAAUUUAUUUGUAGUAUCCAGUACAAUAUUAAAGAUCAGACCAAUUAAAUGAAGUGGUUAGAUUAAUCUGUUGCAGCUGUGAUGUUUAGUGGAUUUGUAUCAGGACCUCCAACAAGUUUGUGAAGUCUGCCUAUCUUUGAAGAGUUGCCUAAUGUGGUUUCAUCAGAGUGUCUUUGGAGAGCCUUCUCCAGCAUGUGUCCAUCACUAACCUUUUAUAUCAUCUGUGUAACAUAACCUGUACAUAAAAAUAGACUACCAAAGACCUACUACUUCUGUCUGUUUUGGACAGCAGUGUUUUCAAUAAAAUGUAGCAGAUAGGGAAAGAAUUUCCAUUCACCACUGGAGUGAUCCAGAAUACAGAAGAAUAGAAUGCAGAAUCCAGUCUGUAGAAGAAUAGAGGCCAGUUAUGAUUGGCUUUUAAUUCAGGAUCUUAAUCUAGAUGCAGGGAGUGUACCUGGAAGAAGUAGGCAUUUCUGUUAAAGAACAUAGAAUUGAAUAAAGACAACUAAAUGUUCCCUU